AAUCUUCACAGGCCUCAUUUAAUAUGGCUCGAGCCUCAAAAAUCGCUGAGUCUGGCUCUUCUGAGCCAGAAUCUGAAUCUGGACGCUCGUCAAGCGGGAGCAACUCCGUAUCAUCCCCAUCCGCAUCCUUAAACAAGGGAAAGGACCAGUCUGAGUCUAGCUCUUCCGAGUCAGAGUCGGAGCCAGAAUCUAAGCCCAAAUCUGGGCCAGGGUCUGGGUCGCCAAAACCCGAGUCAGAAUCCGAGUCCGAGUCCGAGUCAGAGUCAGAAGGAUCCAAGUCCGAGUCUGAGUCAGAGGAAUCCGAGUCUAACGAAGAGGAAACUCCAUUGACUUCCACAAACAAAAAGCACAACAAACGCAAGGCAGAGGACGGAGAUGUCCAGCCAAGCAAGAAGUCCAAAACCACAGACCAAGUUGAUGUUGGGAGGAACACCAACAAGGUUUUGGUCCGGAAUCUGAGCUGGAAUAUCGAUAAGGAUUGGCUGGAACGCGAGUUUGCUGCGUUUGGUGAGGUUGCAUCCGUUAAGGUAGUGAUGGGGUCCGAUGGCCGAUCUCGGGGUAUUGGUUUCGUCGUGUUUGCCGAUGCCUCCGGUGUGGAAGCUGCUCUUGCGGCUACUGGAAAGGAAAUCGAUGGACGGGCGAUUGCUAUAUCCAUGGCCACCGACUCGGAAAGGAAACCUACAGUUACUGGGGAUAUCAAAAGUGACCCGACUGACACAUUAUGGGUUGGCAAUUUAUCGUUUUCAGCCACUGAAGAAAGUAUCUGGGAGACAUUUGGUGAACAUGGCACUGUCAACAAAGUGCGGCUGCCUGUCAAUCCCGAAACUGGCAAGCCAAGGGGAUUCGCAUACGUUCAGUUUGGAGAUCAAGACUCAGCGACUCAGGCAUUAGAGGCUUUGAAUGGGAGCGAACUUUUUGGGCGCGAGGUGCGUCUUGAUUAUGCAGCCCCCAGUUCCCAUGGAGGAAGUGGUGGACGCGGUAAUCGUGGGGUUCGGGGUGGUGAUCGUGGGCGAGGCAAUGGCCGUGGUUGGGGCAGCGACGUGGCGCGGGGCAACGUGGCGAGGGGCAAUGGUCGCGGCCGAGGUGAUAACGGAUGGCGAGGGCGCGGCACUGGACGAGG